GAGACUCUGCAGAGUUCUGCUUUCCGCCUCAUAGAAGUUGGGAAUCGCCUGCAUUCGUUUUUAGAUCCUCAAGUAGCGGACUUCUUGAUUUCGGCAAUGAGGAAACGUUUGAUCCAAAUAUUUGGCUUCUUGAUCUCGUCGCUGGGGUGGCUGUUCGUGCUGUGCACCAUGGCGAUGGACUAUUGGAGGAUCUCCCAGUUAGGAGGACAGGGGGGUUCUUUCAUCAUCAAGGUGGCCUGGUACUGGUCCAACCUGUGGAAGGACUGCUUCACCGACUCCACAGCCGUCACCAACUGCCGAGACUUCCCGGUCCUCUGGAGCGUCAGCUAUUACGUCCAGGCAGUAAGAGGAUUACUAAUGUGUGGUUUAACUCUUGGAUUCUUCGCCGUGGUGUGUUGCUUCAUCGGGAUGGAGUGUACCUACAUCGGUGGAGCCGAAAAAACCAAAGACAAAGUGGUUUUUGCAGGAUCGGUGUUUCAUUUAGCCGGUGGUGUGUCAGAUAUUGCUGCUUAUUGCUUAUACAUCAACAGGAUUGCCAGAAAAGCCUUUACUGACAGGUUACCUCCUGGAGAAUUACGAUAUGACUUAGGACCUCCCAUAUUCCUGGGACUGGUUGGAUGCUUUUUCAUCAUGUUUGGGGCCGUACUUUAUGCUGUGACAGUCUACAGAGUAAUCCUCCCUGAGAGGAAAGUGGUCCAAGUCUACGGCGUUGGCGGCCCCACGUACAUGGCCCCCGCCUCCAGAGGAAGAACCCUGUACACCGGAUACUACGAUGCUUCCAGGCUGUACAGAACUUCUGUCGGCUCGGGACAGUCAAGCAGCAAGAUCUCCAGACUCUCCCAAACAACACCGACGAAACUGUCACAAAGAGAUGCGUUUGUGUAGCAUCAAACGCUUCCAUGCACAUGCAAAGUUAUGAAAAAUAACAGAGUGCCCUGAUUCUGCAGCAUAUUCAAUGUUAAACCAUGAAAUGUCAUUGUUUUUGAAAAAAAUAGAUGCUCAUUUUGAGUCUGAUGUUAACAGCAUCUCACUUGACAAUAGUUUUGUAACAUGAUUUGAUACAUGAAUCCU